AUUGUAUUGUUGUUUUGUUGUCUGUCCCAGGUAUCCAUUCUACAUGUUGGCCUGCAUCGACACAGACUGGAAGCUGCUGACCUGGCUCAGAUACUCCAUCUGGAUGCCCCUCUACCCUCUGGGGGUGCUAGCAGAGGCUAUAGCUGUGAUCCAGUCCCUGCCUAUCUUCGAUGAGACCCGUCUGUACAGCAUCCCUCUACCUACGGUCCUGGGCUCGUCCUUCAGCUUUUCCUUCACUCUGAAGAUCUACCUGGCCCUCAUGUUCCUCGGUCUGUUCAUCAACUUCCGCCACCUGUUUCGCCAGAGGAGGAGACGAAUGCGCUCCAGGAAGAGGAAAAUGAACUAACGGAUAGAAGGACAAACCUCACGAUCUCUCCAGUCGCACUGCUGGUUGCCUUUUCACACCUCUCCUCUCACACCUCUCUCUCUCUUCUCUCUUCUCUCCUCACCUCACACCUCUGUCCUCUCUCUCCUCUCCUCCCCUCUCCUCUCCUUAUACCUCUCACCUCUCUUCUCUCCUCACCCAGUCUGUUCAUCAGAGGUACCUCCUCUAACACAAACCCUUCCCUUCCUCACCCAGUCUGUCAAUCAGAGGUACCUCCUCUAACACAAACCCUUCCCUUCCUCACCCAGUCUGUUCAUCAGAGGUACCUCGUCUAACACAAACCCUUCCCUUCCUCACCCAGUCUGUCCACCAGAGGUACCUCCUCUAACACAAACCCUUCCCUUCCUCACCCAGUCUGUCCACCAGAGGUACCUCCUCUAACACAAACACUCAUCUUCCUCACCCAGUCUGUCCACCAGAGGUACCUCCUCUAACACAAACACUUCUCUUUCUCACCCAGUUUCUGAUUUAUAUGUUAGUAUUAACAGAUACA